GCCCGUUUCUCCCCCCUCUCUCUCCCCUCUCUUUUUUAUCCUAUGAGAAAAAACCCUUCGCUCGAUGCCCGCCGCCAACACCACACGAACCUCGCCCCCGCCUAUCUCUCCCCUCCACCCCCACAAAACAACCUCCCCUCUCCCUCUCUCUGCAAUACAUAUCGAAUCGUUUCAUGUUGUCAGGAAAUUGUUGAUUCUGUUGUUAUUAUCCGGGCUAGAUCCGACUCUUUUUUUCCCGGUCGUCGCUCCGACAUCCGACGGUCGACGACAAAGACGAUGAUUGCUUUUAACUAUAACUCUCCGGUAAGGCUGUUGAUCCGGAAAUGCUAGAUCCAUUUGCUGUAAUCCGCGUUCGAUCCAAGAUCUGGCUUCGCAAGAGGAAAAAAAACCCAAUCCUAGUUCCUUCCCUUAGUUUUUUACUAAUCUGUAAAUUUUUCUAACUCUCGAAAACUACUCUCGUUCUUUCUUCGAUUCGUAUGAUGCAUAGAAUGAUCGCGUCGAUUGUACAGUUCUUUUGACUAUUAUGUUUGGGUUUUCCAGUUUUGUACAGUUAGGGAUAUAGAAUUAGGGUUAGGAACUGGUUUAAUUGCUACUGGUUUAGUUGAAGGCGGCCUCUGAAAGUGGCGAAGAUGAGUUUGAGAACGGCCGAGGAAGAAUCUUCGGCACAGGAAAUCCAUAUCCCGGCCGAGAUCGAUUGGGAGACGCUGGAUAAAUCGAAAUUCUUCUUCCUCGGCGCGGCCCUGUUUUCGGGGGUUUCAGCCACUCUGUACCCCGUUGUCGUGUUGAAAACGCGGCAACAGGUGGCGGCUCAAUCUCAGGUCUCGUGUAUCAAAACCGCGUUUUCCAUCGUCAGGCACGAGGGCUUUCGCGGCUUGUAUCGAGGGUUUGGUACCUCUUUGAUGGGAACGAUUCCGGCUCGCGCCCUGUACAUGGCAGCACUAGAGGUUACGAAGAGCAAAGUAGGGACCGCGACGAUUAGGUUAGGGAUUCCAGAGCCAACCGCAGCUGCAAUCGCCAAUGCUGCAGCUGGGUUGAGCGCAGCUAUGGCUGCACAGCUAGUUUGGACACCUAUCGAUGUUGUUAGCCAAAGACUUAUGGUUCAAGGCGGUUUUAACCACCACAACAACAAAAAAACUGCGGUCAAUUGUAAAUAUCUCGGUGGAAUCGAUGCGUUUAGGAAGAUUCUCAACACGGAUGGACCUAGGGGUCUUUACAGGGGAUUUGGAAUUUCGAUAUUGACAUAUGCCCCUUCCAAUGCGGUUUGGUGGGCAUCCUACUCGGUUGCCCAAAGGCUCGUUUGGGGCGGAAUUGGAUGCUAUUGUUGCAAGAAAGAGGUUGCUGGCAACAACAAUGACAAUGGUGUCAGUACUUUCAGACCGGAUUCGAAGACCAUAAUGGCGGUUCAGGGGGUGAGUGCUGCACUGGCAGGGGGCGUUUCGGCUUUGAUAACGAUGCCACUCGACACAAUCAAGACGAGGCUACAGGUUUUGGAUGGGGAUGAGAAUGGGCGGAGGGGACCAACCGUCGGGCAAACCGUGAGGAAUUUGGUUAGGGAAGGAGGGUGGACGGCUUGUUACCGAGGGUUGGGACCGCGGUGGGCGUCCAUGUCCAUGUCCGCGACCACGAUGAUCACUACCUAUGAGUUUCUGAAACGGCUCUCGGCCAAGAAUCAAGAGCAUUUAACACCAUGAAACACAGACAUGAAAAUUGGGGGAGGAAAGAGGAAGGGUUUUUUUUUCUUUUGCUCAUUAGUCUCUGUUUGAACCCUUCUUUAAUUUUUCUCUCAAUGUCACUGUACUUUUUUGUUUACCUUUACCUUUCCUUCUUUCUUUUCUUUUUUUUUUUCUCUUUCCUUCCUUCUUGUAAGCCUGCUUGGCAGAUGAUGAAUGUAAGUGCUUGCACAUUUUGUUCAUAUACUAAAAAACUAUGGUAUAUAUUUUUCUUA